CGCUUAUUCAGUUCGUAGUGAAUUCGUGCUAUGGCAGCAUAAAAUUUCGCCUUUCGGUCAAAGUUUCGUUCGGUUAAACAUGCUUUAAAGUAAUUAAUAAUCUAGUGUUAAAUAACUACCUCUAAACAAUGAUUCGUCCAGCAUCGUUGAUUCGCGACGACGAAGAUCGUUUCCCACAGUUUCAAGCCAAUGCGAGACACAUUCAAGAAGAUUCCAUUGAUUGCGGCAUCAAGGCGUGUAACUGCUGCAAUGGCCCGGGAUGUCAACGGUUAGGAACCACAACCUCCUUUUUGGUGAUCCUAUCGCUGUUGGGAUUUGUUCAGGGAGGGGUCGAAGCUUAUUUUCGGAUUGCAGCCCACCAGGCCGCCAGUGAAUAUGAUCUGGAUCCGUUCAUCGUGGAUUGGCUCUUGGUGACCAGUGGAAUUGCUCAGGGGGUGCUUGCACUGCUUGUUGCCUAUUGGGGCAAUCGAUUGCACCGGAUCUCGUGGCUGGGAGGCACUUUUAUGCUUCAAUCUGUUGGACUGGUGCUGCUCAUCAUACCAACGCUGACUCACAAUUCAGAUGACACCCAAACAUUAUCGGCUUCACAAGUGGGAAAUGUAUGCGUCCUGGAGCAAUCCGCUCAACUACAGAUGGAUCACCCGCAUGCCAUCACCACUCUGGUGUUGAUGUUCAUCGCACAAGCCGUCAUCGGUAUUGCCAAUAUUGCUUUCUACUGCUUGGGAAUGAGCUAUAUGGAUGACAAUUUACUGGAGCAUCAAAGCCCUGGACACAUUGCAUGUGCCUUAGGUGCCCGCGUUUGGGGCCAGCAAUUUGGUCUAGCCGUAGUAUUGGCCGUCGGCGCCACCUCUCUCAGCUGGUGGCUCGGCUGGGUCAUAAUUGCUCCCAUCGUUUUCAUACUGGGCUUCUUGAUUGCUCUCUUUCCGAAGAGACUACUUUCCACCCUGGUCCGUCAAGCAGCGGACGACAUCAUCGAAACGGCCACCAACAACAGCACCCAAUCGUUGCCCGGGCACAAGUGGCUAGCCGAUAUCGCUUUCGCUCCCUCACUGAAACGUGUUUUCACCAAUGGAAUUCUGAUCUUCAAUGUGCUGGCACUGGUGUUCGUUCAAACCGCGAUUAUCAAUUUCAAUGCCCACGAGCAAAACUAUCUACAAUCGCGCUUCUUCCUGCCGACCUCCAAUGUCAACGGGUUGAACGAUGAAUGGACCUCCCGAUUGAUCACAAACCUGUUGCGGCCACCAGUGGUGGCGCUGGCCAUCAUCGUAGCUGGGUUGAUAAUUGCCAAGGCGAAUCCCAGUCCAAGAAAGAUUGCGGGCUGGAACAUCUUCGUGGGAUUGAUCGCUGUCGGCUUGUUUGUCGCAUUCAUUUUCCUGUCGUGCGACAAUGAACGGAUCGCCGGCGCCUACCGCGGCAGACUAACCAAGCCGUUUUGUGCAUCCAACUGCGUUUGUUCGGAGAAUGUUCCAUUUUCGCCGGUUUGCCCUCAGGAUAGCGUGUUUACCUACUUCUCUCCGUGUCAUGCGGGUUGUCAAAAUCGGACCGAAAUUAACGAUGUAACUGUUUUCACGGAAUGCUCCUGCGGAAUAGAUACGGAGUUGGUGCUGGCCGAUGGCGGAAUCGCUACCAUCGGUGCAUGCGGGAUGGACGAUUGCCAGAAGUAUUGGAUCAUUUUCCAGGUGCUAAGCGUCGUUGUUUCAGCGCUGCUGGCAUCGGCACUCAUUGGCAAAUUGAUCAUCUCGAUCCGCACGGUGAUGCCCCAGGACAAAGCCCUGGCGCUUUCAGUGGAGGUGACGUUAGUCGGAUUGGUCGCCUAUCUGCCUGGAACAGCUGCCUAUCAGGCUAUUGCCAUACACGCGUGUCAAUUUUGGUCAUCCGAUCAACGAAGAUGUUUUAUCCAUGAAAACCCAUUCUUCGGCACAACGUUAAACAUCCUCACUGCAGUAUUGAUUGCAAUCGGUGUACUUUUCGAAAUUCUGGUAUUCUAUUUUGUGCGAGAUUUACCACUUUACGGCGACGAUCCAGACGAUGCCUACAGUCCCAUCGAGAUGCGACUUAUAUCGCAAGCGAGAAACAGUAUGCGACACUCUCCUCCUGUCGAACCAGAAGCACAACCAUUCAGCGUUGCCCAAAAUCAACCGGAUGUUGACCAAACUGCCCAAUCCAAUAGUAUAAUGCAAGCUUCGACUAUCCCUGCGCAAGACUCGCCCGUCAUCCGGAGCAUCCAGGACAGUCAAGAGGAUUAUCCCAGGAAUCAUCGAUCCAUCUCGCCCAUCGCUGGACCCUCCUCCCCGAACGCUUACGCCGAAGUAAUUCGGCAGCUUCCAACUCGCAAGGCGUCUAGCGAUAUUGAUGAUCAGCUAGAUUUCCGAUCGGCCAUCAGUCUGAAUCCGGUCAGAUCGGAUGACGACGAUGACGAUACGGAUUACGAGGAUAAUAGGCUGCACAAACCGAAUGGACCCCUAGCGAACCUCAGAGAUUACUCAGGAAUGAAUCCGGCAACAUUCGGAGCAGCUGGAGGAACACGGCAACUAGGUUCGCUGCAGUCCAGCGUGGCCAGCAGCCCCGGUGGAAUUGGACAUCCUUCGCGAACGACGAACACCAACAGAGACGGUCGGCCCAUGAGUCCGGAAACGGAUUUCUGAUUUCAUUGGUUGGCGUAAUAUUACAGAAUAGUAUUAUGAAUACAAAGUAAAGAAGAUAAAUAAAUUAUUGUUUAGUUGAUAGUGCCCCAUUAAAUCAAUGUUUACAAUUUCCAUUGCAUCUAAAAUAA